AUGAACCAAAUUGAAGAACCAGAUGGCCAAAACCCUUUGGGAUCAGCUGACCAUUUUCCCGAGUACCAAAACAUGGAUGUGGACGAUGAUCCAGAUCCUGAGAUGCCGCCAUCAGGGACGCCGACGCAUACCAUUGAGAUUUCCAGCGGAUCAUCUUUUCAUGGUUCGCCUUACAGGGGCCCUGAUAUCUGGGCCAAAAGAUGGAGCACGUAUAAGUGGGAGUAUACUCCCCCUCACCACAACUCGCCGCCACACCAGCAGGUCCCUUCUGAGGACCCACAUUUUCAGGCGGUCACGCCACCGCCACCACCAGCGCCAGAGCAGCCACCACCUCUAGAACCAUCGAGGCGGAGAAGAAGUGCACGGAUGUCCGUGCGUGGGGGUUUUCAUUUUAGCACCCCCCAACACUCCUCUAACUACCCUAUGCUUUAUGAAGACCCGCAAAUGGGUGGGCCUCCAAACGCCGUUUCUGAAGUCGACUUCGCACCAGUCGCACCUGGACCACCCAUGGGUUAUGAAAACCCAAUUCCAUCGUACCCAAGUGCAGCUGGGUACAACCCGUUUGAGCAGCAAGCUUACUCGGGUUAUAACUACAACAAUGCACCUGCUGUCGAUCCGUACAUAGAGGCAGCAAACUUCAAUGCUCUCUACCUUGGGCCCUUUCCACCUACGUACCCAACUAGGUACCCUGGAUAUGAGUAUCAAUACCCACCACCUCCUCAACCUCAGCAGCAGUAG